UUGUGUAAUUCAGGAGUGUCACCUGUAUUUCAUACAUUGGUCGAGCAGAAGAAGGUUCCGAGUCCAGUAUUUUCUUUCUGGUUGAACAGAAAUCCUGAUUCGGAAAUUGGUGGUGAAAUCACAUUGGGUGGUAUGGACUCUCGUCGUUAUGUUGAUCCUAUCACAUGGACUCCUGUGACUCGUCGAGGUUAUUGGCAAUUUAAAAUGGACAUGGUGCAAGGUGGAUCAUCAGCUGUUGCUUGUACUAACGGUUGCCAGGCCAUUGCUGAUACCGGGACAUCGCUGAUUGCCGGACCAAAGGCCCAAGUGGAACAGAUUCAGAAGUUCAUCGGAGCGGAACCACUGAUGAAAGGAGGA